AUGGGCUCUGAUUCUAUUCAGAGACGCAAAGAUGGGACUCUGAACCCCCGAUUACCCGGUCUGGACCUAGAGCAGACCCCCAGUCCCCCCCUCCCUCAUCUGACCGGAUGCUUGCACACUUUCCUGGAGCCUUUUGGACCCAACAGACUCUCUCUGGAAAUGGAUGUGGGGGUAGAGGAGGUGGGAGAUGAGGUGGGAGAGGAGGUGGGAGAGGAGGUGGGAGAGGAGGUGGGAGAUGAGGUGGCACACAGCAGUCCCUAG